GUAUUCAAUUGAUAAAAGCAAGGAGGUAGGAUACGAAAUCGAGCAAAAAUAUUUUUAUCAUUUUUAGGCAUAUAUGAGAAAAAAGUCAGCGAAAUGUUACCAUGAUUAGAAUAUCUACGAACUAUACAUAUACACAAACAUUUUUUGACGGUAGCAAGGCAGCAUUAUUAGUUCAUUAUUAGUUCGGUUAUCACAUGUGCUCUGAAAUGGUCAAUUUUUAAUUGUAUGCAUGUAAACGAAAGUUGUCUAUUACUGUUACAAUCUAAAUAGGUUGGACCUUUUAUUGUGGUGCUAUGCGCAGAUACAUGUACGCCUGGCGUACCUAUUUUUUAUCUUUUGUACAGAUUCAACUUGAUCUUGGAAAAAUGAAACAAGCUCUAGACGAUGAGAGUGCGAAAUUCACUUCUGUCAAGAAGCUUACGUCUGGUAGGCACUUUACAUUUUAUAAACAAUUGUUACUCGUCCACAGGGGCGUCAUAGCUACGGGGCCGGAUUGGGGGCUACUGUAACCCCAGGUAACCUAAAAUUCAAAGCACACGACCCAACAGCUAGUUUAUAAAUUUGGACGUAUUCCAACAUUGAGUUAGGGUAGCAGGGGCUUACGAAGCCACAACGUGUUUCAACAUGGAAUUUAUCAUGUGAAUUUUGUUUAGAAGGAAUUAAAAGUAGUCUCAACCAGUUUUAUUAUUUUUGCGCUAGAGAAUAAAACAAAUCCUACAAGUUGAUUGGUCAAAUUUGACGUAUUAAGCUGUUAUAGUCACCUAUAUGAACAUGCAGGUGAAUAUAACAAAACCGAAAGUUGCAAAAUGGCGGCUAGCCGUUUUCUGGAAGUUACUAGAAAUAAGCGAAAAUAAAAAAAAAACAGUCCCGAAAAACACAAAAGACUUAUGUAAAAAUACUAAAACAAUUAUUUGCCUCAUACAUGCUCGGUGAUUAUCAAAGACAAAUUCACCUCGACUUCGUCUCGGUGACUAUUCCCCAAUAAUCACCUCGCCUUUGGCGAAUAACUGUUAAAUGUCCAAGGUUGUAACUGAGUACGUACGUUCUUUUUGCAGGAAGCAAAGUGGCGGUCUCUUUUGACAAUAAAGAUGCCGGUAAUUAUUUGAUAGCGAGAGGAAAAGAAACAGAUAUGAACGACAUAAUGGCUUGUUUCUCAGCGAAAUCAAACGAUCAAGAUCGACGUCAAACAUUUCUCUCAUAUGCGACAUUAACACAGCAAAAUGAGUUUUAUGUUGCAACCGAGAAAAAGAAAUUGAUUGUUAUGCGACGUGAUACUGAAAGGUAUUUGUCAAUGCAGUCUGUUAAUUUGACGUCCUAGCCCCAAAAUUAUCACAAUCCAUGGAAACUAAACAGAAGUUAUUGUAUAAAGUUUGUUCGUUCACUGCAACCAGGUAUAUCAAUCAUGUUUCGCUCGCUACUCUGGUUUAAAUAAAUGAUUACAAAGGCCAGUCGAAUUGUAAUCAAGACCCAACGUUUCGACACUCCAGUCUAGUGUCUUCGUCAGGGGUGAUCUAAAACUGCGAUCGUGGCUUCUUAAAUACCCAAGGGAUGACGUCACCUGCCAAGAAGAUGCAGGUGACGUCAUCACGUGACAAGUGACGCAGGUGACGUAAUGCCAUGGCAUUGAUGCUGUAAAAUUGACGCCAUACUUAUACAGUAAUAUAAGCAAAACUUAUGAACUUCAGACAUCAUUUUCUCUUUGGCGUACAAUCUAAAACCUCUUCACUUUAGCAUAAUUUUACAGAUAAAGCACUAAACAUACUUAUUUUUAAGUUUGUUCGCCGUCGGAGAAACGUAUCAAAAAAUUUUUAAAAAAAUAAAAAUAUAGUUAUAACCCGAAGUGUAAAAGUAAAUACAUUAGCUUUGAGCGUCUGUUACGUAACAUACAAAAGAAGUAUUGUCUUAAUACGAGACGAAGUUAACCUCCUCAACACCCUCUUGGCACGACACUGACUGUGGUGUUAUUUUCUGCAGCAAAUUUGGUUCUGAUUUCGGAAUCAACGACAAUAGUUGGCAUGCAUGGUGUUUCAGUUGGAGCAGCGCUGGUAAUAUCCAAGUAUUCAAAGAUGGAGUGAAACAAUCAGGAGCGAAAAGUAAUGUCGCUGCUGGAAAAAAAGUUGAAGCAGGUAUUAAUAUGGACUUAAUGUCUGGUCGAGAGAAAGAGUUAGUUUUGUUUUCCCGCGAGAGUCUCAACAUUGAGAUUCUGAAUUUGACACUUUUUUGUUAUCUGAAAUUUGCCCGAAUUUUUUUCAUUUUUCCUAGCAUGUUAACGCCCCCUGUCUCGUACGCCUGUGCUAAAAUAGAUAAAUAUGGACAGUUUCAUACUACCUUAAGUAAAUAGUCUAUGUAGUUUCAUACUACCUAAGUAAAUAGUCUAUGGUAAUCUUGUAAAAAUGUAUUUAUAGGUGGUGUGUGGAUGGUGGGUCAAGCUCAAGUGACAGUCGGAAAUCAUGACAACAAAGCUAAAUCGUUUAAAGGUGAAAUAACCAACGUUAACAUAUUUGAAACAUCCGCUGAGGAUUUUGGAGUACAAGCAAGCAGAAACAAAUGCAGUCAGCCUGAAAGGUUUGAAAAUAACGUGCGAUCCUGGCGAGAUUUCAGACGUGGAAAGGUGGGCGGCGUUAAAGUUCCGACAGUAAAUACAGCAUGUCCAGUGAGAAGAAUUUUUGAUGAUUUUCAAAUAAAUCAGGGUCGUGGACGAUACUUCCAACAACGUCACAGUUGAACAUUCUUUCAUACGAAUUUGCAUGCAUGGGCAAAUUUCUUGACAGUGUGAAAUUUUACAAUACAAAUUUAUUAACUCGUUCCUAAAGGGCUUUUCAGAGCUAGGUAAAUAUUUACAAAAAUAGUUGUAAAUAGCAGUAAUAUAAUCAAUAUUAUAAUGC